CAGCCACUUUCUGGAAAUGUUCUGUUGUGACGUAAACCGCUUCAGAAUCUUCUCUGAGGUCUUCUGGUGGGAAGCCCAAACAGUCAGAACACUUGGUACUACUGUUUGCACGCAUUUUGCUGGCCUAGAGAACCGCCGAUAUGGUUCAUCGUCGAUAUAAGGAAAACCAAAUCAUUAAUGAAAAAGUUGACGGAGAUCAGCACUCACAGAAAUAUGGAUUGGAUGAGAGAGUUGCUGGUUCUGAAGCUCCAGCUGCCGGGACCUCUAUAGAAAACAACUGGAGCACUUUCUGGCUGCACCACCUGUUUGGAUACAGGCUGAAUAAAGACAAAGGGUCUUCAAAGAGUGAAAACAAGCCCACUGAGCAGCAGCAGAGAGUGGCCUCUUUAGAUGGUGCAGCUACCACCACAGCACAUCCACCUGAGAAGAAAAAGCCACAGAAGAGGACAAAGAGUUUUUGGAGACUAUUUAGUUGCUUCAGAAGGAAAACACAAGUGUCUCCACUUUCUGAUGAUGAUACUCAGGAUCAUCAGAGAAGCUCACUUGAAACUGAAAUCAAACGACAAGGGAGCAACAGGCAAGAAGACAAUGCAGUGAUAAAGCACUGCCAGGAAGCCCUCACAAACAUCAACAGGAUCCAGGUCCAUCCCAUUUAUAGUAGACACUGUUUAUUUCUUGGGACGCUAUUUGUGGAGGUCAGCUCAGCCUUCAACACCUUCAACACCGUCCUUCCUGACAUGCUGGCCAUGAAGCUCCACAACCUUGGUUUAUCUGUAGCACUUUGCUCCUGGAUCAGUGACUUCCUCACCAACAGACCCCAGGUGGUAUCUUCUGUGACAGCGUGGAUUUAGAGCUUCCCGGCAUAGGAGAGAAAAGACUUAGCACAGGUGGUGUGUCCCUGUAGUUCAGGAAAUCCCAGCUGAACUUGCCCCUUGAGUCAGCACGGAACCACGUGGACUGGCCCACAAACCUGCAGAAGUAACACCAGUUCUUCUUCCGGAGCUGGUCUCUCCCCAGCUGGGACCUCCACCU